AUGUCCGUACUAGAUUCCUCAGCUCUCAGUCGACUCAUUGAGUCAGAGUCCGCCUCGGCUGAUCCUCAGGCGGCAACGACAAUUCAAAUCCUCCACAACCUCCAGCAUCAGCAUUUCUGGACCUCUCUUCAGAUCCAUGACAUUUCUGGAUCAUCUGAUGGUUUGGAAGUGAACAUCAAAGACAGUCCUCGGACGUUGAUCUCGGGAAUUCCGCCACAUCGGGUCUAUACUCACCCCGAUGAGCAGUUGUACAUGCUAGAGAAGGCUAUCACGGAAGAUGACCUUCAGCCGGAGAGAGUCUUUGUCAUACCCACGGCGCAAGGGCAAAAAUGGAGUCUGCGCCGCAUGGCCAUGGCGUUUGAUGCCUUGGCAUCUCUUGAGAAUACGAUUGGCAACGAGAUAGAUGCGACGGAUGCAACUGCGGACCCGGACAAGGCAGAGAAGCUCGGACAGUACUAUGAGAAGAAGCGGCAGGCGAAAGUCACAAAGGAAUGGGGAACGAGACGUGCUUUGCUGGCGAUGACCAACAGGGAUAUGGGUGGAGACGGUACUGUCGUCUAUUACAUUGUCCAGGAGGGGGAGGUCAAACCGAGACAGAACUGA